GCAGUGCGAAGGUCAGUAGCGUAAAAAGCGAGUAAGUUACUGUAGAAUACAGUACUCUUCUUAUAAUAAUACUAUUAAAAUAUAAAAAAAUCAACAUGCCGAGAGGAAGCCGAAGCAGAACUUCGAGGAUGAGUCCUCCAAGUUACUCCUCACCAGCACCGAUGGCUCGAGCAGCUCCUCCGCGGUCUUACGCACCCGCUCCGGCUCCUCCUCCACCUUCAGCGGUGGCUCCUCCUGCUGCUGCUGCUCCCCGUCAGCCGGGAAUGUUCGCUCAGAUGGCCUCCACUGCUGCAGGCGUUGCUGUCGGCUCUGCUGUCGGACACACAAUAGGUCACGCCAUGACCGGUGGCUUUGGCGGAGGGGGACAUUCUGAAGCUGCUAGGCCCGAUGUGACCUAUCAGGAGCCGUACCAGGGUCAGGCCAUGUACCCGCCACAGCAGCAACAGCAGCCCAUGUACCAGCAGGAUCCGCAGCAGCAGAACCCAUGUUCAUAUGAGAUGAAGCAGUUCAUCGAGUGCGCUCAGUCUCAGAGCGACCUCAAACUCUGCGAGGGAUUCAGCGAAGUGCUCAAACAGUGCAGAUUCUCCAAUGGACUGUCAUGAGGUUGGAAUCAGAGACCUGAAUAUAAUACUUCAAGCAAUUUACUUCUGCUUGCUUUAUCUUGAUAAUGCAAAUUUAAAUCCUAUGUGUAAAAUAAAAACAGCUUCAUGGAGAAAUGCUGUGUAACAUGCAUAUUUAAGUAUCUGGUGUAGAUGACUGCAGCUUUCUGAAUUUAUUUUGUGAUUGACUUACUGUAGAGGAAAUCACAGUGUGAGUUUCCCAGCAGGAGGUUCUUUGUCAGUUGUUGAAAAUAUUCCAUUCAAAUGAUCGUAAAAUGCAAAUAAAAGAAUCAGAAUCAUU